UUGAAAAUAUCAUGUAUUUGAUCAUGAUUUAUUUACUAAACGUUGUGGAUAUUUUUUUAGGAAGUUUGAGGGAAUAGGAACAUUUUCCUGGCAAGAAUAGAACGUAUUCUGCCUUCUGUAUACCUAGCUAUACUAGUGAUUUCUGCAAUGGCUGUUAUGGAAGCACUAGCUAGUAAAUUCCGUGGGUGCAUGGUUGGUGCAUUGAUGGGGGACUGUUUUGGAGCACCCUUCGAAGGAGAUAUAAACAUUUCUCGAUCAAUUCUUAAUUCGUAUUUCAAGAGGUUGUUAGAUCCUGAUUUAAAAGUUCCUUACAAGCAGUAUACAGAUGAUACCGCUAUGGCUAGAUGUGUUGCCCAGUCACUAAUAGACAGCAAAGGUUAUAAUGCUAAAGACAUGGCAAGAAAAUUUGUUAAAGAAUUCUAUGCCGAGCCAAACAGAGGAUAUGGUUCAAAUAUUGUGGAUGUUUUUGCAGCGUUGAGGGUCAACAAAUUCAGUGAUGUAUAUACACCAGCAGGAUUACAGUUUAGUGGUAGAGGAUCUUUUGGGAAUGGAGGUGCCAUGAGAAUAGCCCCAGUUGCUUUGUUUUGUUAUAACAAAGAUGAUGAGGAAGUAGUGAACACAGCCAAAGAUUCUGCAUUGCUUACUCAUGCGAGUAGAAUGGGAUAUAACGGAGCUAUUUUACAGUGCCUUGCCGUUCAUCUUGCUCUUCACACUCCUUUCGACAAACUUGAUACUGUCAAUUUUGUGGAAACAUUAAUUAGCAAAAUGAAGAAGGUGGAAACCCCAACAGAAGAUGACAUAUUCGAUGAAGGAGAAGAACCAUUUUUGUAUGUUAAAAAAUUGACCAAAGUUUUGGAAUUAAUGGAAAGAGGGUCAUGUGUAACAAAUGAACAAGUAGGGGAAGAAUUGGGAAUUCACAUUGCUGCCCAUCUCUCUGUUCCUACUGCAAUCUACUCCUUCAUCAGAGCUACAAAUCCUAUUUCAGGCGUUGAGACUGAUAAUCCCGUGCAGAGGACUCUUCACUAUGCAAUAAGCUUAGGUGGAGAUACCGAUACAAUUGCAUCUAUGGCUGGAAGUAUUGCGGGUGCCUACUAUGGUAUGGAAAAAGUUCCGGAGAAUCUUAAAAGGCACUGUGAAGCCUUAGCUGAUGCCAUCAAGCAAGCAGAUCAACUGUUCAGUCUUGUUGAAAGUGGAGCAUCAAAUUCUUGAGAUUUUAAGUUAAGACUAAAUUUUUAACUAGGAUUUAUUGGGGUAUGUAUAGUUUUCAUAAUACCACUGUUGUCCAUUGUUCAGAAAUCAUUUUCAAGUUACGUAUUUGUUCAAUUCAAUUCACCUAGGUCCCUCCAUAAAUAUAUAUGCUGAAUUUUUUUUUCAAGACUGUAGUAGCAUUUUACAUAAGUUAAAAUGUCUAGGAUUUUACAAUAUGGCCUGAACUUGUUUCGCAGUGCUUCAUCUUAAGCAGUAGAUAUACCAUUGAAAAUAUUUCACAUUGUUGAUUGAUUUUAUGCUCUGUUGACGUAUGCCAUUGAAAGUAUUUCACACUAUGUAUUGUGUGAUUUUAUCUAUGACCUAUUUUGAUUUGUGUGUGUGUGUGUGUGUGUGGGGUAGCAUGAAGUCUCCGGAACUGGCGGAUAUAAUUUGAUAAUUUGAGAAACUGCUCAAGAGUUCAUGCUUUGCUGUUAAGGAAACCAUCUCAACUUGAGAUGAUUUCUUCCCAAAGUUGAUUAUCUUGAGAAGGACGUCUAAUGAAUUCAUUUGCCAUGAAAUUCUGUUCUCCCAUUCUUGAGUUUUACUGCUGAAAAACAGUAAAAUAUUUGGUGAUUUAUACGCAUCAUAGCUGGCUACUUAGGUUGAGGUAUGGCCUUUAUGAGUGCUCUAGUUUGUCAUGAAAAACAGCAAGCCUAACUUGAAGCUAUGGUACUGUAGCUGAAAUAAGCCUUUAUUUUCCUUAUUUUUUUUAGGUCUGUGAAUUUCUUUAUUCAAUGCAUUUAAGUCAGUUUGAAAGUGAUUUUUAGAUAUUUAAGCUAAAAUAAGUAGUAUGUUAGUGCAUCAAGUGAUACCAAACAUUGUAUGGAUGACAGUUAGACCCAGACUUAGACCCAGAAAAUGGCCUUAAGAAUUACUUAACUUUUUUUUUUUUUAGUAGUAUAUGAGCCAAUCUUUCCCAUGUUGAAAUACUGAACAGAUUUCAAAUUGCAUUUGUAAUUGCAGUUUUGUUGAUAGUAAACACAAAGGCAAAAUAAACUGAUAAAUUAGUACAGGUAUUCAGUCCUGAGCCCUCCAGCUGUUUUGGGGUUUUGGUCCAGUGCAGUAAAAUAUGACUUUGAUAAUACCAUGUACUUAAAGUGAUGACCCAUAUAAGAUUUAAGACCUUUUAUUCUAAUAUUAUAAUAAUGUACGGUGAAGUACAAUGCCACAAGAGCAAAAAUGAAGGAAAACCACAAUUUAACAAGAAAUCUUUAUAUUGGUAAAGAUAAACAUACAAAUCCUUUUGCUGUUUACUCAACAAUUUUGCUUUCUCCCAGGAUAAGUAGACAUAAUUUUGUUGGAUUCAGUGUUUAUGCAGAAGGCCUUGCACAAUAUUUUUUAAGUGUACUGUUAUGGAAACAUUAUUUAAGGGAAACAAACCUCCGUGAAUUCUUCAGUUGAAUUAAUGAAGGUUAGUUUCAAUUUACUUAGCCUAGCAUUAAUUGCUUUACCACAACCAGAAUUUUUUUUACCACACAUCAAUUCUAAGGUAUUUAAAUGUAUAUAUACUUUUAUAUUAAUCUUUCUAUACAUUUGAGUGAGACAAAGUAAGAUUCAUGGCAUUUUUAGCGUGCCUGUAAGUAUUCCUAAUGUUUUAAGGUUUUCUGUAUAUAGUUUUGAGCAUACCAGUCAAUAAAGAGUACAAGUUUUAA